UGACGCAUCAAUGAACCAAACCCAGGCCAGUGAGCGAAUCACUAUUGAGAUGUUGUUUUGAUUAGUUUGGUUCAAUUCUUCUGUGAUGUGGUUCUAGUCAAACAGUUGCUGAAUUGAAUGGCAAACUAUUUACGACGAGAAAUACGAGGUAUUUCGGGUUUGGCUUCGGUAGUCGAUUCAUCUUCUUCGUCCUCAUCAUCUGCAUCGGUAGCUUGUUCGGGUAUCAAAUCUCCGUCAUCAAGCAAACCGGACCCCUGUGGUCAACAACCACCGGCAUCGGCGACAAAAGCAAUAAAUCGCCUAAGUCGAGUGGUGAUACAUCCGCAACUGCAUCAACAACACAUGAAAAAUCUAUGGAAACAUUAUCUGUACGAAUUGCAGCAACGAUCACCGACACCGAAACGUGUGGUUUGCCCCUUCACAAUACGAUCACGGCCUUCUUAUUAUGGCCGUGAAUUUCAUGGAAUCAUGUCCCGUGAUGAGGCCGAACAAAUUCUGCUGGAUGACGCCAAACAAACGGCAUCUGGCCAACACCAACAUGAUGGUCGCUAUUUGAUACGAGAAUCGGCCCGACAAAAAUCACAAAUGACUUUGUCGUUGCGUUUCAAUGGUCAGACGAAAAAUUUUCGACUGUUUUACGACCAUCAAAGUGGCCAGCAUUACGUCAACGAACUGAAACGUUUCGAUACGGUUCACGAUCUGGUCGCCGAUGGUUUGAUCACCCUGUACGUGGAAUUACAUGCAGCCGAUUAUAUAGCCAAUUUGGCUAGCGAGUGUCGCUACGAAGAAUCGCCGUAUAUGACGCUGCAUAAAGAUCGACUUGUAAUGCGACCACCGUUACCACCGCCGCAGUCUUCGGCUUGCUCUUCAAACGCUCAACAACAACGACGAUCAACGUGUUUAGAGUCAUCUUCUUCGUCGAAUGUCCAGAUAAAACCUAUUCCAGCGGAAGAACUGUGCCUGCAAAAAGACGAUGAUGAUUGCUGUGAUACGCUGCAACGUAAAUUUGAUGUGCGCCUCUAUGAAAAAUCGCACAAUUUUCGAACCCAUACUUUCAUUGGGCAUCCUUGGUGUGAUUUUUGCGGCAAUUUCAUCUGGGGACUAAUUGGACAAGGUGUUCGCUGUGAAGAUUGCGGAUUUGGAGCCCAUCGCAAAUGUUCGGAACGGGUUCCGAACGAUUGUUGUCCAGAUUUGCGUCACAUACGUCGAAUGUUCGGCAUUGAUUUGACAACAUUUUGUAAGGCUAGUCAAUCGGCGCGUCCAUUUGUGGUUGAGCUAUGCGUUGCCGAAAUCGAACGUCGUGGUGGACUUCGAGUGGAAGGUCUUUACCGGGCUUGCGGUUCGUCCGACGAGAUAGAUUUGUGGAAAAAUCGAUUCGAAACCGAUUGGGAACACACUCCCUUGGCUCAAAUAGAAGAUAUUCAUGUUGUGACCGGUCUAUUGAAGCUUUAUUUGCGUUUGCUGCCAAUUCCAUUGAUAACAUUCGAAUCAUAUCAGCAUUUCAUUGAAGCUGCAAAGAAAAGCUGCCAAGAACAAGCCGUUCAAGGAUUGCGGCAAGCCACGCAGCAAUUACCACCGGCUCAUUAUCAGACGUUGAAAUUCCUUCUGGCCCAUUUGAACAAAGUGUGUGCCUACGAAGAUUACAAUCUGAUGUCGGCCAAAAACCUGGGACUAAUAUUUGGCCAAACAUUGAUCUAUACACCAAACAUUCCAAUGAUGUUUCAAAUGAUGAAUUGUUGGGAAUAUGAAUCGAAAACCAUCGAAUUGAUGAUACUGUUUUAUGAGAAAAUCUUUAUUAAAUAAAAUAACAUUCAACCA